AUGAUUCUUGAGAAAACGGUGGAUAGGUCUAGGAAAGAUUGGUCUACAAAGCUUGAUGAUGCUCUAUGGGCCUACCGCACCGCAUUCAAAACUCCCAUUGGCACCACACCAUACAAGCUUGUUUAUGGGAAAUUAGGCCAUUUGUUGGAUGCAUAUGAGAGUGCACAGAUUUACAAAGAAAAGACCAAGGUUUGGCAUGACAAGCAUAUUAGCAAAAGGGAAUUUAAAGAAGGUGACAAGGUCCUACUAUUUAAUUCCCGGUUGAAGUUGUUUCCGGGUAAGCUCCAGUCAAGAUGGACUGGACCUUUUACCGUUAAGAAGGUGUUUCCAUAUGGUGCAAUUGAAAUCUCAAAUGACAAUGGUGAACCGUUCAAAGUGAAUGGCCAAAGGCUAAAGCCAUACUUUGACGGUUUUGUGCAUAAAGAAGCCAAGGUUAUUCGCCUUGAUGAGUUUGAUGUUCCUUCCUCUCAUUAA